UCGACAGACCUUCAGAGCAGAGAGGAUGGGAACGCGGGGGAAGGGGAGGCGGCGAUUUUGCUCGCUGGAGGUUGUCUUCCCCGUCCGGUGAGCUUCCCCUUCAUUUUCUGGUGUUCCCCGUCCUCCCUCCUCCGUACGGCCCUCGCGGGGACGGCGUCAUCGUGGCUGCUCAACCUCGAUGGAGACGGCGCCGCGAGCGGCCCUCGAAGCGCCUCCGGGCCAACCUAGAGGCGGUGGCUUCUUCUCUUCCCCGUCCGGGCGGAUAAGGAGAGGUCGGGUGGUUUCUGCAUUUGUGCUCGUCGGCGGCAAAGUUUGUACGGUCUGCGCGUGUCGAGGCGAAGGCAGCAGAGGCGGCCGCUUUCUCUUCGGUUUAACUCAUAUCUGGUCAAUGGCGGAGUAUGCUCACGCGCGUCUGCAUCCCACGGAAUCGAACAUGUUGGUAAUUAUUCAAAACCCACUGCACUACUACUGCCGCAAUGAUAUCACAACGUGAUUUCAAGUUCUUUAGUGGCUACUUUUAAAAAUCUUAUGUGUUCAUUACAUAUUCUUUAAGAAUUUCUAAGAUUGCACUCCCCUUGAAUUGUAGUUGCAUGAAGAAAGCUCUGCAAACACACUUUUACCGAGGCGCAUUUGCUAACUUUUUUUCCGGUCUAAAAACGCAACUUUACAUGUCCUUACUUGUACAUAUAUCUCUGCUAGGCAACCUCCUGCUGGUAGUUCUUCUGAACCUCAAUUGCAGCUUUUCUUUUUGAUUUGUUUUUGAAAUUCCAGCAUUCCAGAAAUGCAACUGCAAUUUAUUUUAAUUGGAAUUGCACCCCCCAAGAUACUCUGCCCCUGUACCUUGUAAACAUUCAGUUCUGUUUUGCUAUUAUUGCUAUUCAGUUUCUCUCUCUUUUUUUGCAAUUUGAGUUCGAAUUCUGUAUGAAUCCAAAGGUGUUGGCCAGAUCCCUUAACUACAAUUCGAGGUCUUAUGUCCUUAACUACAAAAAUCUGCAUCUGAAUUUUGGGAUAGUCUCCUUUCCCUAAAUGAGGUAACAUAAUCACUAAUUCUCUUUUGAGCCUUUGUGUCCUAGCUUUAAAGCUUCUAUACAAUAACUUUUGAUUGAUACCGGAUGAUAAACCAUUGGUUGAGUUUGGAUAUUUCCCAAGCUACUCUAUUCUCAAGGAUGCUGUACUUAACCGUGGAUAUCUACAUGAUGCUCUGUUCACUAAAACUUGCAUAUCUGAAAGUGUUCCUGCAGGUUGUUUCAAUACAUGUUUUGUUCCUUCACUAAUCUGUUGUAUCACUUUUGCGCAACAUAUUUGAUUUUGAGUCGUUAAUUUCAGUCUUGUGAUGGUGAACAUUCUAAAAAUCCCUUAUCCCUUAUCCAUAAGUGUGCAGCAAGGUGCCCAAAAUUGGCCACUAUUAGUGGAUAAAAUGAGUUCUUUCACUUCACGAUCCCAAACUCUGCCCACGUUAACACAAUAUUAGACAUGGGUUAGAAUCACUACCGUUGCAAUUGCAAUUUUUGAAAUUGCAAUUUCUAGUUUCUGUUCUUUUUUGCUUUCUUGUCUAUGGAUUUUGAUCCAAUUUGCACUACUUUUAGAAUUUAAUUGCACUCCUUCCAUUGCUGCAAUUCCAUUUAUUUCAAAUUGUAAUUCUUCUAUCUAUUUUUGCUUGUUUUGUCAUUAUGGAUUCUUUUAUCCAAAUUGCACUUAAAUUUAGAAUCAAUCGCAUUACUUCUACUGUUGCAAUUGCAUUUUUUGAAAUUGCAAUUAUCCAGUUUCUGUUCUUUGUUGCUUUCUUGUCUUUACGGAUUUUGAUCCAAUUUGCACUACUUUUAGAAUUUAAUCGCACUCCUUCCAUUGCUGCAAUUCCAUUUUUUUCAAAUUGUAAUUGUUCAAUGCUUCUAGCUAUUUUUGCUUGUUUUGUCAUUUGAAAAAUAAAAUCCGGUGAGCUCCCUUAUCAGGCGACUCUCCCGCAUGGGCGUGGCUGCCGCUUGUGCUCCCACUUCCUGCAUCAGCUCCGGUCCGACUCAGCGUCAUAGUUAUUGAAGUGCUGCAAUGUGUUUUAGUCAAAAUAUGGGUCUACUGAAUUUUUUAACAGUAGUAGGUGUUGUGCCUUGAUUCAGUUUCUUUUGUUGUGUCAAUCUACAUGCCAGGAUCUGUUCUCCCCUUCUGUUGUAGUGAAGGAUACGUUUUAGGUGUUCAAUUUUUUGAUAGUAAUAGGCGUUGUAUGCACAUGUUGUAGUUGCAAUGACACUUUUUGAUAGAUCAUAGGGGAACUGAAAUUUUAUAGCUGAUGAGAUCUCUUUGUUGCCUGUCAUGUGUAUGUUUUUGGGUUUCUGCCAUCGAUACAUUGGCUUCGCUGGACACCCUCCUCCAUUGUUAUCCUAUGGAGCUUCGUGGUUCAGGUAGAGAAGGGGAGAAGAGGGAAGAUGCUGGUAAACUGUUUGGGCUGUGUUUUGAUGGUGGGGUUGGCUGUGCUAACUCCUGAAGAACUAUUCGGCAGGGAGCAAUUCAAUUGUCUGAAGGAAGAAUUCAGCUACUCCUUUCGUUAUGCUUUUGGUGGCAAAAGCACAACUCCUUUUUUGAAUUGAUGUUUUCCUGUUUUGGCGUCAAAGGCAGCAUCUUGUUCAUUUGUUUACCAUAUUCCAGAGUAUCUUUGUUUACGUGCAUUAGAUUUGUGUUUUAUGGCUGAUACAAGAUGUGACUGGUUUUCUAGGAAUUACCAGACGACUGUUUUUCAGCAAAAAAAACAGGUGACUGUUUUGCAAACAAAAAACAGGCGUCUGGUUUUUGUCCCCAAAACAGGCAACUGUUUUGCUAA